AUGAGGCUUCUUACUCUUAUCCCAUUGGCCAUCGCCUCCAUUAUCCACACCGCAACAGGUGCUCCGGCAACAACUGCCCCUUCGUCUGUGAUAACGACAACCAAGAUCACACCUUCAUACUGGCGUGCGACAUUUUCAGAUCCUCCAUUCAAUAUCCAGGGCAAUGCUUUCUUCCGCGACUUCUAUGCCCUCGUUGAUGAAAUUACCGGCGACCCUAACGUCAAGGUUGUUGUUUUCGACUCGAAUUCGAAAUACUUCUUCUCCACACACGUGGACCUUAUAAAUACUCUGGACCCCGACUUGUACCCCGUAGCUGCCAUCAGAGGCCGCACUUACAAUGCCGGUGCAGAGAUUGCAGCGGUUCUGGAUGUUAGAUUUGGGAGCAAAGAGAAAGCUGUACUUGCGCAGUAUGAAGUCGGGUUCGGCGUAAAUCCAGGUGGCGGUGGAAUCGAGAUGUUGUCCCACUUGGCUGGACGAAGCCGAGCUCUUGAAGUCGUACUCGGCAAUGACAGUAUUGACGCUGAGACCGCUGCUCUCUACGGAUGGAUCAAUCGUGCAAUCCCAGAUGCUCAGUUCGAAAAUUUUGUUGACAAAUUUGCUCGCCGGGUAGCUGGCUGGGACCACUCUGCCAUUGCUGCAGCAAAGAAUCUCAUCAAUGAGCGCACCAGAUUUCCUACGGCAGACGAACAGAUAGAGAGCUUUAACUCAUUCUUGAAAGCUGAUGCCCCAGGUGGCUUGGUGGACAGACGACUGAAAGCCAUGGCUGCCGCGGGAAUGCAGACCAACCUAAAUUUUGAAGAGAACUUUGGUCAAGAGGAGUUGAAGUUCAUUGGAAGUGGGCCGUGGAAUGCUUAG